AGCGGAGGUGGCGGCGCCCAGGCUCAACCAGGAGUCGCUGCCGAGUCCCGGGCUGUCUCUGAGGAUCGGCGAGGGCGCAGCGGCGGUUCAUCAUGGGUGGCUUUUUCUCAAGUAUUUUUUCCAGUCUCUUUGGAACCAGGGAAAUGAGGAUUUUAAUUUUGGGAUUAGAUGAUGCUGGAAAAAGGACAAUUUUGUACAGAUUACAGGUUGGAGAAGUUGUUACUACUAUUCCCACUAUUGGAUUUAAUGUAGAGAAGGUGACAUACAAAAAUCUCAAAUUCCAAGUUUGGGACUUAGGAGGACAGACAAGUAUCAGGCCAUACUGGAGAUGUUAUUAUUCAAACACCGAUGCAGUCAUCUAUGUCGUUGACAGUUGUGACCAAGACCGAAUUGGCAUUUCUAAGACAGAGUUAGUGGCCAUGUUGGAGGAAGAAGAGCUGAGAAAAGCUAUUUUAGUGGUGUUUGCAAAUAGGCAGGACAUGGAGCAGGUUAUGACGCACUCAGAAAUGGCAAAUGCUCUUGGCUUACCUGCCCUGAAGGACCGGAAGUGGCAGAUCUUUAAAACAUCAGCAACCAAAGGCACUGGCCUUGAUAAGAUGAUGGAAUGGUUAGUGGAAACACUGAAAAGCAGACAGUGAGUUCAUUCACAUCAGCGCCUGUGACCCAAAAGUUACAUCACAUACUCAUUGGAACCAGUCAUAUGUACUUCCUGUGACUGUUGGAACUGUGUGAUUCUGGCAUACACAGACCUGACUUCAAUAUGUGUAAUAAAUAUAACAAACAAGUAUUUGGUAAGAGGGUUAGCUUAAAUGAAUCACCCAAAGGGUUUGUGUAAUGUAAAAUAUUUCUUCCUUGUUUUUUUGUGUUAAGGUAUAUAUUCUAUUUGUAUGGAAUUCUUAUUCAAAUACAGUUCUAUUAAAGAAUGUAUACUCU